AUGCCUUUUCUCAACAGAGCUCUCGCCAUUGUGCUCGCCGUAGUGACUUGCUGCAAUGGCAUCCUCGUCUCCGUCCUCCAACUACUCGGCCUCCCCUCGACUGCCAUCCUCAAGGCUGCCUCCGAACAUCUUGUCCCCUACUGGAGCUUCUUCUAUGCAUCAUUCCUAAAGCCGCAUACUACUGUCUCGAUCGAUGGUCAACGGGGCGCCCUCGAAAGCUUCUACAGCACUCAAGCAGACAGCUAUGAUGUGACGCGCGCGAGGUUGCUAAAAGGACGCGAAGACAUGUUGUCUCUAGCUGCUGCUCAACUCAAGUUUCGGGAAAGUGUGGAAGAUAUGCCCAAGGGUCGCAUAUGGGUCGACAUUGGUGGUGGGACCGGUUACAACGUUGAAGCAAUGAGACAAUUUAUUGACGUGCCGAACUACUUCUCUCGGAUUUAUUUAGUGGAUUUCUCCCCGUCCCUUUGUAAAAUUGCCCGUCGUCGGUUCUCCCGACUCGGUUGGAAGAACGUGCGCAUCAUAUGUCAAGAUGCCAGGCUGUUCCGGCUGGAGAACCACGAAACGGCCAUCUCUGAUACCGUCGAGCCUUCUCCCAACACUAAUAUCAAGAGAAGCAACAGUGUCAAAGCAUCACUCGUGACCAUGUCGUAUGCUCUGUCUAUGAUUCCAGAUUUCCACUCAGUCAUAGACUCCAUUCCAGCCCUUCUAGCUCCAUCAGGUAUCCUGUCCGUCGUCGACUUUUAUGUGCAGAAUGUCGUCGACAUUAGUUGGAGGAACUACGGAGGCGGCUCAUUUGACAGACAUGUCAAUUGGUUUGGCCGGGCAUUCUGGAGAAGCUGGUUUGAGUUUGACCGUGUUGCCUUGGAGCCAGCCCGUCGCGACUAUCUCGAGUAUCGAUUUGGUACGAUCCUAAACUACAACAAAAGACACUAUUACUUGGGCGGCAUACCCUAUUACACCUGGAUUGGCUGUCAAAAAGUACCCGAGACAGCUGAGGGAAAAGUUGAAUCCCCUGAUGUGCACGUUACGGAAUGGUUAGAUGCGACGACCAAGCAGUCCACGAGAGCAGCAGCCGGCCUUCUAAAUCUGUCCUUGUCACUGCCGCUACCCUCUGCCUUUUACCAGAAUCACUCGUGCCGCCUGCACUAUGACGAACAUCACCAACAACAUACACAGUUCCAGAACGAGUACAUCUAUGCUUUUACGUGGGAAGAUCCAACCGUCGACAAGAAAUUACUCAAGAUCACCUCAGAUGACACCAUCCUCGCAAUUACUAGCGCAGGUGACAACAUUCUUUCCUAUGCGUUAUGCAAACCACGUCGAAUCCAUGCUGUCGAUCUAAAUCCCACGCAAAAUCAUCUCCUUGAAUUGAAGAUUGCGGCGUUCGCCUCUCUCGGGUACGAGGACAUAUGGCAGCUCUUCGGCUUGGGCAGACAUCCCAACUUUCGAAGACUAUUGCUGGAACAGAUGAGUCCACAUCUUAGCUCACAAGCCUUUCAGUUCUGGAUCGCCAACGCGAGCACCUUUACUUCACGGCUAGGGUGCGGUCUAUACGAGACGGGUGCAUCUCGCCACGCUGUGCGGUUAGCCAAGUACCUGUUCAUGUUGGCCGGCCUUAGGACAGAAGUGCAACGACUUUGUUCUUGUGGAACAAUCAAAGAGCAACGAGCCAUCUGGCAUAGGAGUCUCCGUCGGAUCUUGCUUAGUCGCAUCUUACAUCGGGCGGUCAUUCGUCAUUCGGCGUUUCUGUGGAAAGCUCUCGGGGUGCCACCUGCUCAGAGGGAUAUGAUUGUUGAUGAUUACCUGCGCAAGGUAGGCUCGACAAAUGCCACCCCUACCGCAUGCGGCCAGGCAGUUUGGGACUAUAUGAUGGACACUUUAGAUCCUGUGGUUGAGCAUUCUCUGCUGAACAACGAAAACUACUUUUACUCGUUGUGUUUGAGAGGCCAAUAUACAAAGAUCUGUCACCCAGAGUACCUUUCCGAAGAAGCCCAUGCCUCUUAUCGCGAUAACUCGCUUUACGAUAUUGUUCGAAUCCAUACCUCUCCCAUCAUCAGUGUUCUUAGCUCCAUGCGAGCCUCAUCUCUCACCAUUGCGGUCAUCAUGGAUAGCAUGGAUUGGUUCUCUCCGUCCGAUCAACCUACCGCUGCAACGCAGAUCCGCGCCUUGAAUCGUGCUCUUGUGCCGGGAGGCAGAGUUCUGCUUCGCUCCGCGGCAUUAAAGCCUUGGUACCUCAAGUUGUUCGAGGAGCUGGGCUUCCAGGCGACGAUUGCUACCGAACGGCGGCCCGGAACUUAUACGGAUAUGGUGAAUAUGUACGCAAGCUGCUGGUUGUGUGUCAAAGGGGCAAACCUACCACCACCCACUCCUGAGAGCCUGCCGGAGAGAAGAGACAGCGACACCGGCAUUUGGGCAUUGGAGAAUUGA